UGUCUCUUUUCUAUAAUUUUCUUCAGUUCUUCACGACUCGAUCGUUCCCAAACUCUCUAAACCUAAUAUUAGCGCAUCGUUUUCGAUCCAUAUAUAUAAAGAUUGCAGCUUUUUCGUUUUUCAAUCGUCCCAAUCUCUUGAAUUUGUGGAAUUGGUGAAGGCCCCAUCACCAAAUUUCCACAAAUUUGUGUUUUUUUUUUUUAUUGAUUUUAUUGGAGGAUGGGGUGUUAUAGCAGCAAGACCGCGGAUUCACCUGCCAAUCGUGUCGCUAGGUGGAGAUCCACUGGCAUCGUUGCCCUCAGAGACCGCAAAUUAAAGGAAGUCCCUAGUGAAAUUGUCGAGGUGGAUAGAUUUGUGCGGACACUUGAUUUAACAAACAACAACAUUGUUGAAAUACCCUCAGAGAUUAGCAGAUUAAUCAGUAUGCAGCGUCUGGUCUUAGCUGAAAAUCUAAUAGAGCGCUUACCAGCCAACCUGGGGGUCUUUAAGUCUCUGAAGGUUCUCAAACUUGAUGGGAAUCGGAUUAAGACCUUGCCUGAUGAUUUGGGCUCCCUUUCUAGGCUUGAAAAGUUGUCUAUUGCUGGAAAUUCACUGCUGAGCUUGCCCAAAACAAUAGGAGAUUUGCACAAUUUGUUGCUGCUAAAUGUUUCCAACAACAAGUUAAAGUCCUUUCCAGAAUCAAUUGGGAGCUGUACUUCCUUGGAAGAAUUGCAGGCAGAUGGCAAUCUUGUUGAAGAACUCCCUUCAUCAAUUUGCAGUCUUACUAACUUAAAAUCUCUCUCAUUGAACAGUAAUAACGUCAAAAAGCUUCCCCAGAAUCUGCUGAAAGAUUGCAAGGCUCUGCAGAACAUCUCCCUUCAUGAAAAUCCCAUUUCAAUGGAUCAAUUUCAGCAAAUGGAAGGAUUUCAAAGUUUUGAAGCUCGCAGAAAGAAGAAAUUCGACAAACAAAUCGAUUCAAAUGUUAUGAUGAGUUCCUCCGGACUUGAUGAAGGUCUUGACCUGAAAAAUUCUCGAUAAGCCCUAAAGGCUCUCUAAGAAUUCGGUGUCGAUCUCAAUAGAGGGUAGCAGACAGACAUUAACCAUCAUUCUCAGACUGGCACCUCAUUGGCAUUUUUUCGAAGAUUAUCAAUCAGUUUCUUCUAUGAUAAACAAAUGUUAUUGAUAUGUUAAUAAACCAAGGUCUGUAAAUAAUUAUUCAUCAAUGACCCAUUGUUUUCCCUUGUCGAUAAACCGAUCCUAUUGUCUUUUGCACAUUGGGACUUCUAAUCAAAUAAAAGUGUGGGCAUGUUGUAUC